CUGAUUCCGGCCACUGUGCAUAGGUGGAUCGACAGCGAUAUGAAGCAUCUACUGGCAGCACUAGUGACCCUGCUGACAGUCCUGCCGCGAGAGCAGGAUCUGGUCCUGGGCGAGGGUAAAGCCUGCUCGCAACGCUAUUUGAGGAGGAUCAAUGGCAAGUGCUACUACUUUUCUGUGUCCAAGUUGAACUGGUUUGGGGCCUUGAACAACUGCUUGCGCAAGGGACUGACCCUUGCGGACCUAAGCAAUUCCCGGGACUUUGACGGAGCCAUCGGCUUCAUGAGCUCCCUGGGCAACACGGAGGACUUCUGGUUCGGCGGCAACGAUCUUUACCACGAGGGCCGCUUCCAGUACAUCAGCAAUGGACGGCUGGUGCGUUACUACAGCAACUUCAGCAAUGUGCUGCCCGCGGAGCACUCCGAGUGCGAUGACUGCUUGGAGGUGCGAAUCCGAGACAAAAUGAACAUGGUGGCGGCGGAAAACUGCCUGGAGCGGCAGUACUUCAUCUGCUCAGAGCGCUACUGUGAUCCUAAUUCAAUUGAUAAGAAAAGGCCGAAGCAUCACAGCCACGAGCAUCUGCAUCACUUUCACCACGACAUCGGCGACGAUGGCGACAGCGAGGGAGAGGGGGAAGAUAACGCAGGCAUGGCCUUCAAAGAGAACAUGCUGCCCAUUGCCAGUGCAUCGAAGGAGGAAACCAACAAUUCUGAGGUGGACAUAGGAGCAGCAGAAUUGCCGACAACUCUGGCUCCCGCUGAAGAAGAAACUUUAACCAGCACCACAACAGCGGGAGGGGAAGGAGAAACUGAAUCCACUACCACCACACCAGCAGGGGAAGGAGAAACAGAAGCCACCACCACACCACCAGCAGGUGAAGGAGAAACAGAAGCCCCCAAAGCAGCAGGGGAAGGAGAAUCAGAAGCCCCCAAACCAGCAGAGGAAGGAGAAACAGAAGCCCCAAUAGCUCCCCCUUAAGUAUCCCCGCCAGUCUCAUGAGCUAUAGCUUAUAGCCAAUUGAAACCUACAAUUCUUUUCGAUUUGAAAUAAAUAAAUAAAAUGGUCAACCUUUAAAA